AUGCCCGUAGGUUUCACCCUGUAUUAUACGUUCAGGUAAAAAGCUUUGCAGUUUUUAUAUCUCAAAUGAUUUGAGUGAAACACAAUAAAGUAGUACCAAAAUAACAACGAUAGCAGACAGUUGCUUGUUUUAUUCAGUUGACCUUGACCGAGUUUAUAACAUUGGCGACGAGGAGUUUUGUUCUUACGCGAAAUAUAGCACUAAUUAGUUACGUUAAUGCAAUUGAUCAUAAUAUCAACAUGCCAGAAACAUGGGGACUGCUCGGAUCACUUAAUACAUUCGACCCGAAAAACUCUAACUUUUCAGUGUUCAAAGAAAGACUUAAACAAUUUUUUGUGGCGAACAAAAUAAAUGAUGAGGAUCGCAAGAAAGCUAUUCUUUUAAAUACGCUAAAUGAAGAAGCGUACAUACUUGUAAGAAAUUUGUGUGUACCGGAUUUACCGGAUGCAAAAACGUACGACGAUUUGGUGGAAUUGUUAACUGAACAUUUUUCGCCAGUAAAAUCAUAUUUCUCGGAACGACUGAAAUUUUACACCGCAAAACGUGGAUUAGAAGAAAGUGUGGCCGAAUGGGAGGCCAGAGUUAAAAGUUUAGCAACAACUUGUAAGUUUGGGACUGAAUUGAAUUUAGUUAUGAGGGACAUUUUCGUUCUUGGGAUGAAUAAUCCUAAAAUUAUGGAUCGACUUUUUGAAGAGGAUGCAACUGCAGAUUCAGUAACGUUCAAAUUAGUGGUUAAAUUGGCUUUGGCAAAGGAGUCAGCAAUUAGUGAACAUCAUUCCAGAGAAGCGUCCAUUGGUACGAACAUAAAAACGGAACCCGUAAAUUUUUAUAACCAACGCUAUCAUAGGAAAAAUUUUAAGGAAUCGGGAA